AUGACCACCACCUGGCUUCCUCAGGCCCACUCGGACCGCUAUGACUAUGUCAUUGUCGGCGGUGGCACGGCCGGGUGCAUCAUUGCCUCCCGCCUCGCCGAGAACCUGCCCCAGAAGCGGAUUCUCCUGAUCGAGGCCGGCCCCAGCGACUUUAUGGACGACCGAGUUCUGGAUCUGCGUCAAUGGCUGGCCCUUCUCGGCGGUGAGCUCGACUAUGACUACGGCACUGUUGAGCAGCCGAUGGGCAACUCGUACAUCCGGCACUCGCGUGCCAAGGUCCUGGGUGGCUGCUCCUCGCACAACACCCUCAUCUCCUUCCGCCCCUUUGAGUAUGACCUCAAGAUCUGGGAGUCCUUCGGCGUCAAGGGCUGGGACUUCAAGACCUUCAUGGGGUACAUGGGCCGCCUGCGCAACACGGUCCAGCCCGUGCACGCCCGUCACCGCAACCAGCUGUGCCAGGACUGGGUCAAGUCGUCCAGCACGGCCAUGGACAUCCCCAUCAUCGACGACUUCAACAAGGAGAUCACCGAGACGGGCUCCCUCAAGCAGGGCGUCGGCUUCUUCUCCGUCAGCUACAACCCGGACGACCACCGCCGGUCGAGCGCCUCGGUCGCCUACAUCCACCCCAUCCUGCGCGGCGAGGAGGAGCGGCCGAACCUGACCAUCCUCACCAACGCGUGGGUGUCCAAGAUCAACGUCAGCGGCGACGUCGUCACGGGCGUCAACCUGUCCCUCAAGGACGGCACCAAGCGCACCGUCAACGCGCGGCAAGAGACCAUCCUCUGCGCCGGCGCCGUCGACACCCCGCGCCUCAUGCUCCUCUCCGGCCUGGGACCCCGCAAGCAGCUGGCCCCCCUGGGCGUCCCCGUCGUACGGGACAUCCCCGGCGUCGGCGAGAACCUCAUCGACCACCCGGAGACCAUCAUCAUGUGGGAGCUGCACAAGCCCGUCCCGGACAACCAGACCACCAUGGACUCGGACGCGGGCAUCUUCCUGCGGCGCGAGGCGCCCGACGCCGCGGGCAGCAAGGCCACGCCCACGAACCCCAGGGCCCUCCCCGACGGCGACAUCGCCGACGUCAUGAUGCACUGCUACCAGAUCCCCUUCACGCUCAACACGCUGCGCCUCGGCUACCCGGACAUCCGGCGCGGCUACGCCUUCUGCAUGACGCCCAACAUCCCGCGCCCGCGGUCCCGCGGCCGGCUGUACCUGACGUCCGCCGACCCCGCCGUCAAGCCCGCGCUCGACUUUGCCUACUUCACCGACCCGGAGGGCUACGACGCCGCGACGCUGGUCUACGGCAUCAAGGCGGCGCGGCGCAUCGCGCAGCAGGCGCCCUUCCGCGACUGGAUCAAGCGGGAGGUCGCGCCCGGGCCCGCGGUGCAGGCCGACGACGAGAUCAGCCACUACGCGCGCAAGGCGGCGCACACGGUGUACCACCCGGCCGGCACGACGCGCAUGGGCGACGUGGAGCGCGACGAGAUGGCCGUCGUGGACGACCGGCUACGCCUGCGCGGGCUGAAGAGGGUGCGGAUCGCCGACGCGGGCGUGUUCCCGACCAUGCCGACUAUCAACCCCAUGCUCACGGUCAUGGGGGUCGCGGAGCGGUGCGCGGACAUGAUUGUCGAGGAGGCGCGGGCCGCUGGGGCGGAGAGGGAGACGGCGAGGUUGUAG